AAUAAAAAUAUAUCGCUAGAAAGAAUUCAUUUCCGUGAAAGCUUCAAACUGACACUGACACUCAUCUUCCUCCGGCGGUUCCAAGAAUACAACCAAAAAACCAUCCAUCUUCCUCCACCCAAAUCAUCCUCGCCGUCAUCCUUCUCUAAACAUCCUCACAGCCGAUAGUCCCUGCAAGUCAACACGUCAAAAAAAAGUUUACAAAAUAUGAAAAGUCAACACUUUAAAAGAAAGUAGCCGGCCGGGUGAAGUUUGCUUACCAGAAUAAAAUUUUGAGUUGUUGAGACCCACGAAAAAAGGUUCCAGUAGUUUCCAGGAUUUGAUUGGAUUAGUGAAGCAUUACCUUGAAAUCCUGAAUGGCGUCUGUCGGCAAGGAGGACUAUAUAUAUGAUGUAUUUAUAAGCUUCUGUGGUGAAGACACACGUAGGACUUUUGUUGAUCAUCUUUAUGUCGCUCUUGACCGACAAGGCAUCCGUACUUUUAAGGAUGACCAGAGAGUCGAGAAAGGAAAAAGGAUCAAUGACGAACUCUUACAAUCCAUUCAAGACUCAAGAUUGUACCUCAUAGUUUUUUCUAACAACUAUGCAUCUUCUUCAUGGUGCUUAAAUGAGCUUUUGAAGAUAAUGGAGUGUCAGAAGACAAAAGACCAUACUGCAUACCCUGUUUUCUAUGAUGUCGAACCAACUGAAGUCCGCAGACAAAGUGGGUCAGUUGGAGAAGCACUUUGCAUACAUGAAAAUGAAACAAAGGUUGGAGUAUGGAGACAGGCUCUAAAAGAGACAGCCAAUCUGUCUGGUUGGGAUUUGAGAAAUAUUGCUGAUGGACAUGAAGGUCAAGUGAUUAAAUUGAUUGUUGAAGAGGUUUCGCGUGAGUUAUGUUCAUUUAAUUCGAACAUCAUUGAUGAAAAGUUAGUAGGCAUAGAACAGAGGAUGCAGGAUCUCGAGCUGUUGUUAAAAAUUGGUUUGGAUGAUGUUCGCAUGAUAGGGAUCAAGGGGAUGGGAGGUGCUGGUAAGACAACUUUGGCCAGGGCCAUUUUUGAUAAAAUAUCCACUCAGUUUGAAGCUAGAAGCUUUGUUGAGAACGUCUCAAAAGCCUCCUUGUCAGGCUUGAACUCGCUGCAAAAUCAAGUUCUCGCCGAUGUAUCAAAAGAUCAAUGCAUAACCGUAAGUAGUGUUCAUGAUGGGAUAAACAUGAUGAAAUUGAGGUUGAGGGGUAAAAGGGUACUUGUUGUUCUAGAUGAUGUUGAUCAUAUAAGCCAUCUUGAGGCAUUAGCAGGUGAUAAUAGUUGGUUUAAACCUGGAAGUAGAAUUAUAAUUACAACAAGAGAUGAGCAAGUUUUGUUAUCACAUCGGGUGAGCUUGAUCCACUAUAUUCAUCUGUUAUCAGAUGAGGAAGCGACACGCCUCUUCAGUAGGUAUGCGUUUGGGAAAGAUAUCCCAGUUAGAGAGUAUGAAAAGGAAUCUCUCAAAGUUGUACGUUAUGCUAAUGGUCUUCCAUUAACAGUCAAAGUUUUGGGCUCGUUAUUGUGUGGUAAAGAGAAGCCUCAAUGGAUAGAUACACUAGCAGGACUCAAAACAAUUCCAUUGGAGGAAACUGUUAAAAAACUCGAAAUAAGCUAUGAAAGCUUGGAAGAUGAGCACAAGAAAAUAUUCCUAGAUGUUGCAUGCUUUCUGAAAAAUUGGAAAACAGAGGAUGCUAUAAGAAUGCUUGAUGGUUGUGGAUUUCAGAGAAAAUCUCUUAUUACCAUUACAGUCGUACAUAAAACUGAAUUUGAUUAUGACUUGCCUUAUGAAAGUCAGCGUUAUGAACAAAUAUGCAUGCAUGACCAUAUAGAAGAAAUGGGCAAGAAUAUUGUACGUCGUUCGCAUCCUGAUGACCCGUGUCGACAUAGCCGAUUGUGGGUUCAGGAUGAAAUCAAACACGUCUUGGCUCGUGACAUUGGUACGGAAGAGACAAGAUGUAUUCGUAUGGAAGUCACACCUGAUAUUGAUUUGACAGGUCUUUUAAACAUGAAGAAUCUUAGAUGCCUCAUUGUGAAUUAUGCUACUGUGGGUAGCAGUUAUUCUGACUAUGUUAGGGAUAAUCAUAAAGUUUGCAAAUACCUCCCGAAUGCAAUACGGUAUCUGUGUUGGAGGCGUUACCCUCAUAGGCGUUUACCCAAAAUAUCUGGUGCAAAUAAUCUUGUCACACUUGAAAUUUCUGAUAGCAAAAUUGAACAACUUUGGGAAGGGGGAAUGGAUAUGAGAAAACUAAAAUACCUUGUAUUGCAUAAUACAUAUUGUCUGAGGACCUGUGACCUUGGGCUGUUUCCGAAUCUUGAGAGCUUAUAUCUUCUAGGAUGUCGGAAGUUGGUGGAACUUCGUGCUCCCACUGGAUGUCUAAAACGGCUUGUUUACUUAAGUAUAUGUCGGUGUAAAAGAUUAAGAUCUCUUUCAUUUAUCAAGCAUUUAGAGCCACUUCAGUUUCUUAAACUAACUGGACGAAAUCAUAAGGAGUUCCCAGAUAUAAUUCCGGCGGACUCCAACAGUAGUUUGCGAGGUCUUCAUAUCUAUGGGAGUGAGAUAGCUGAACUGCCCUCAUCAAUUGAAAACUCUUUAAAAUCUUUGGAGAAAUUAGAUCUGUCUUAUUGCAAGUGUUUGAGAGAUCUCCCGAGUAGCAUUUGUAAGUUGAAACAUCUCACAUCUAUUAUUCUUCAAGGUUGUGUUGGUCUUGAAAAGUUACCCGACGACCUUGGAGAUUUAGAAUGUUUAAAAGAGUUGAAUAUUGACUACACAAGCAUAAGCCAACUUCCCCGAAACAUCUCAUU